AUGGUUUCCUUUUUUGACGCAUCCCGCCACUACUCAAAACACGGCGACUUGGAGUCAAUUGAAGCCAUGUUGCGAAUCUGGAGGAACGAGACCGAGUCUGAUGCCAAUGCCGACAUGGGCAUGCCCGAUCUGCAGGGCGCCAUGGCCGACGUCUUUUGCCGGGCUGUCUGCCGUGGACAAGAAGCCGCCGUGCGGAUGAUGCUUGACGCCGGUGUUGAUCCGACUCUUCGUCAAGCUUGUGAUCCAGGCUACUCCCCUCUCCAAGUUGCCGCUGAGUAUGGCCAGCGCGACAUUGCUCGCCUCCUGUGGAAUGUGGUUGGUCCCCAAGGCCGAUUCCACUACCCUAGCCGGAGACAACCGUCUGAAGCCAUGCCGAGCUGUCUCGUUGUUGCUGCCUAUAACGGACACGCAGAUCUGGUCGCCGACUUCCUCAACCUCUACGACGGCUGGUCCAGUCUUGAGAGACAAACAAGCCUUUUUGAAGCGGCUGCCAUGUGGCACGACGACGUGGUUGCCUUAUUGCUAGCCAAGUUCCACUAUCAAAGUGACGACAUCCAAUAUGCCCUAGAGUCCGCAAUCGCCAUCAACGGCCGCGACUACGCAAAUGGGAUACCCGUGCAGAGUCGUAACGGAGAACCUCUCAACCAGGACGACCAGAUCUGCGUUGUGCGUCGACUCCUCAAUGCCGGCGCAGACAUCAACCGGGCGUUCAAAGAUCGGAAAGCCUUGCCCAUCCACGAAUCCUUCACCCAGAUCGAGCUUUUGAAGUUGUUACUCGGAAGGGGUGCAGAUCCCAACGAAAAGGACGGCCAUGGCCAAACGGUGCUACAUAGAGUUGCCGCAAACUUCAAUUCUAGCCCCCGAAGCAGACAGAAUCGGGACUACCUAGAGGCCCUCCAGACCCUUCUCCAAUAUGGCGCAUUGCCCGACGCCCCUGACAACGAAAAUGUCACGCCUCUUCACCUGCUUGCGGACACCGGGACACCUAACGUGCUUCGCUUAUGCCUGGAAUACUGCGUGAAUGUCUCCAGCGCCGUACGCCUGCUCAACCAGUUUGGGGAGUCACUGUUACACUACGCUGCCGCCGCCGGAAACGGAGAGACUGUUGAGUAUCUGCUCGACCAAGGUCUAGAUGCCGACCAAGCGAAUGCCAACAAGUGGACGCCCUUGCUCUGUGUGCUGACUCCCGCCAAAAGCUACAACAAAGGACAGACAGCUGCGCGGCUCGCGGUAGCCCGUCUCUUGCUCGAGCGUGGUGCCAGCGCCCAGGUGGUGACGGACGAAGGAUGGACUCCGUUGCAUGCUCUCGCUACCGUCCGAGACGUUGACGCCACUGAAGAAGAGAGGACCGGGGUAGGAGCGUUCGCGGAGGAAUUGAUUGAAAGAGGCACGCCCGUCGACGCAGAAGCAAGUGUGCUUCGAUACUGCUCUCCUAUCUUCACAUCGUUUCUGUUAGGUGCCUGGGGGCAUCGGAUGGCUGAGGUUAUUCCCCAGUUGACCAGGUGUGCCGAGGAUCGUCAUAUGCAGGUGUACGAGGACUGGGAACUGACACCGCUUCAAUGGGCCGGCCGUACCGGCGCGAUUGAUAUUUUUGAUGUGCUUAUGAGGCACUUUGCGUCGACAGAACAAGCUGAGCCCAGGCCUGAUGAAGGUGGCGUACGUAGGUAG